AUGGGGCCGAGCCGAGCGCUGCCACUGCUGCUGCUGCUGCUGCUGGCGCUGGCUGGAGCCUCCACACCAGGUCCACGCGGAGCCACGCUGGGACAGGAUGGAACCGCGCUGUCCUCGUCCCCACCCCGGUCCCUGAGCUACGGGGACGUGGUGGCGGCGGCCGUGGAGCUGCUCAACGCCAGGGCUGUCAGUCCCUACGUGCUGCGGCUGCGGGAGGCUCAGCCCCGGCCCGGCUGGCCCUCGGACCUGCAGAGCCGGCAGGAGCUGAGCUUCACCCUGGAGGAAACCACGUGCAGGACACCGGGAAUGGCCACCAGCAACUGCAAGAGCCGCUGGCUCGGGGCGGUGACCUGGUGCCAGGGCUCCGUGUUCCUGGAGGGGCAGCAGCCCACGGUGGAGCUCUCCUGCGAGAAGGCGCCGGCCGUGUUUGGCCAAGUCUGGAAAUCCAAGAUCAAGGAUUUCUUUGGCAAGGUCAAGCAGCACUUCCGGGGCUUCUUCCAGUGCGGUCGGAUCUGGAUCCGGGACAGGCUCAACCUCAAGGCACCCAAACCCUGA